UAUCGAGGACACAUAAUUAAGAACAAAGCUACCAUUUCUUAGUGCGAUUUUUCCUUUUUUGAUUACUCAAACAAAAGAAAGUCCAAGAAAUGACUGCUCUCUCAACUUCUCUUCUUUCAAUUGCAACUCCCCAAGCUCACUUUUUAUCUGCUGGCUCUUCUUUGAAGCCAAAAGACCAAUGCCUAAUAUGCGUUAGACCUGGUAAUCUCUCUAGUAGAGGAAAACCCACAACACAUAAAAAGUCACUAACAAUUCAAGCAAGUGGUGAGCGUGGUGGAUCAAGUGGUGCAGGUAUCUUCAUUGGCGGUUUCAUAUUGGGAGGAAUGGUAGCUGGAACAUUGGGUUGUGUAUAUGCUCCACAGAUUAGCAAGGCAUUAGCUGGAGCAGACAGAAAAGAUUUGAUGAGGAAGCUACCCAAGUUCAUAUAUGAUGAGGAGAAAGCUUUGGAGAAAACCCGCCAAGUGCUUGCUGACAAGAUUGCACAGCUAAAUUCUGCUAUAGAUGAGGUUUCUGCUCAACUGCAUCCAGAAGAUGCCCCCAAUGGAACUGCAGUGGCCUCAGAUGAGAUCCAAGCUUCCAUAUAAGAAAAUGUUCAUUGAAAUCUCAAUCCAAGUUUCUACUUAUUACUUGUGAUCAGCAUUAUAAUUCAAAACUUAAUCUCUUUUGGUUCUGUUUCUGUUAACUCCUUUCAGUAAAUUUUUGUGGUUGAAUAUAGUCUGCUUUAAACAAUAUUAAUAAAUCAGAUACUCACUGUGGCUUUA